AUGUCUUGUCAACACAUCACAGACGCCGAAGAGGCGGCGCCAAGCGCGGCCAGCAGCAACCUCACAGACGCUUCAACAGCAUGCCACGCCGAACGUGCCGCUUCACGUAGGUCGUCGGCUGACCCAUCUCUGUCGAUACCGUCCUCGUCUCAGUCUCAUCCCAACCCCACAGUGUCACCCGAGUCGGCACCUCUCUCCCCCUCGAUACAUGCGCAGCUUGGCACCGCUUCGCUUCAUGUUUCGCUUCCGCCCAACUUUCCGCAUCCGGUCCAAACCUCCUUCUCGCCGCCUGCUAGCAGGAAUGUCUCGAACGCCGCCUUCGUAAACCCUUUCACCUCCAGCCCCUCGAUCUCGCAAUUGCUUUCCCCGCAGCUUCCACCUCGCAGCAGCAGUACGAGCCUCAACCCCUCAGCAGCAACGCCUUCAUCAUCAACGGCAGACAACCCAACUGGUCCUUUCGCGUACACCUCGGCUGCCGCGUCUGGUAGCAACAGGGGUUCUCCGAACAAACGCACCUCUCGCUCGCCCGUAGCAGCCACGUUUUCGUCAUCCUCCACAGUCUUGAACCCAAACGCACCCUUUUCUCCACCAGAGACCUACACCUACAUCCGUCCACCCGUCAAGCGCGAGAGCCCGGGCACAAAGAGCGCGAGAAGCACGCCAGGUCGGUCCUUGACUUUGCAUCACGAUGACCUUCUCGCUCGCGAGUUUACAGAUGCUUCCCGCAACGACCUUGAACUCGACCUUCCUCCAGCCAUGCUCAGCUCUGGUCGUAAAGCCAGUGUCAGCCUUCAUUUGUUCAAAGAGACGUCUUCCAAGGCGUCCCGAGCCACAGCCGCGCUUGCAUCCAGUCGAGAGAGCGCCGUCAUCGAUGAGACUGCUCCCAGUCGUCAUCGCGACGAGCGUAGCGAUCCGUUCGGUAGCCGCAAACCUCCUGCUAUUCGCUCGAGCACUAUGCUACCGCCAUCCCAGCGCUCGACCAGGCCUGUGGCUUCAUCCAGUCGACAUCCGACAAAUUCUCAUUCUUCCUUCUCCUCCUCAACACUGCUAUCUCUCAAAGAUGCGGACUUGGCUGCCCUUCGUCCAGCCACACCAUCGCUACUCCUAGCCAAGGGCGACGAGGCUUCCAAUAACUACUUCUCGCCUACAAAUGCAGAACCUGCGUCCAAUGCUAGCGCGCCCCUGCUCACCGCCCUUCCAUCCGAUCUUGCGUCGCGUGAACGUAUGCCUCGACGCUCGCAGACCAUUGCGUCUCCGGAAAACGUCGCUGCUGACAUCGACUCACGGCAUCUGCUCGACCCGUCUUCACUUGAGCCGCUUGAUGCGCUCCCUAUCCCUAUCGCACGUCCCCGCGGCGUGCCAAAACCCCCGGUAUCCCCUGGCAAGCUUCCCCCCAGUGCUCAUCGCCCUGCACCCAGCCAGAGAACCGAUUCUGGUAACGCACAGGCCGAGAUUGGCGACGCACCGCCAGAGUCGACAACUACUCAGUUGCAGCGCCACUCUUCUGUGCCUGAGACCGAAUGGACAGGCGCAGGAUGGCCAGGCCGGUUGUCAAUGACGCGCAGACGCAGCCUCAACGAGAUGGCGCACAGCUCUUCCGACUACGAAGAAGAUGCAGACGACCAGCUCGAUGGCUCCUUCGACAUGGUCGAGACAGGUGACGAAUUGAUGGACGAAGAGGGCACUGAUGCAUACGCCGACACCACCGGCUCUGAAAACGAACGAUGCGAGCCAGGAUUUGACCACGACGCAGCUGACGAGGAUGAUCUACAGAUGAGCGGCUCCGAGUGGGAGGCGAGAGCAGCCACUACUUGCUCUGGACGCAUUGACGCGGCGAAACAGCAUGAGUCUAACGCAGCACCUCGACGGCCUCGAUUGACAAGCCGAUCGCGAGCCACCUCGUUCACCGAACUUCCUGCUGUUGUGCAGCUGCAACCCUAUCACAAUCAAGUCGGAGGUCACAACUCCAUCUUUCAAUUUUCAAAGCGCGCCGUUUGCAAGCCGCUCGUUGGCAGAGAAAACGAGUUCUAUGAGGCUGUCGAAAGGGAACACCCGAUUCUGCUAUCUUUCAUUCCUCAGUAUCUUGGCGUCCUCAACGUGACCUACAGGCACGUUGAAACGACCCCAUCAGAGGUGCAGUCACAACUUACGCCCAUCAACAAUGCCGAGCUUGCAUCCCACUCAGAGCCCGUGCUCACUCAAACGGAUGGACAAGACCAGACGUCAAGAACGCAAGAUACGGAUGCAGGUCAAGCCCGCCCUCCAGCAGCCAGCGACGUUCGCCUAGAGCGACAAAGGAGCGACUUGAACGGCGGCGGGCGUGUUCGUCGCAAGGUCUUUGAGGGUCAAGAGGACUGGGGCAAAGAGAUCCCCGAGGUCUCGAUAGAUCUCAACCGGCACAUUGUACCCGAAUGGAUCCUCCGUCGAUGCAAUCUAGCACCCAGCGCGCCAGUCAACUUUAAUGAUGUCGCACAUCCAGGUUCGCGUAGCAGGAGCCGUUCACGAUGUCGACCCUCAAGCCCUUUGCAACCGUGCCGUCCCGCUUCGUCGCUGGAACAGGCGCAAAGUAACUCUCCCGCUCCCCAGAACACUGACGUACAGUCACAGACAGCCACGAGCCCCAACCGGGACGCGUUCUCUCCACUCUCUUCAUACGAGAAAGCAUCGCGUCCAUUCAUUCCCCGUUCGAAAUCUUCAUCACACGACGUGGGAAAGCAUCUCAGUUCAAGCCCACUCACUCCAGCCAUCUCUCCCGACGCGUCACCAAGAUCCACCCGCUCCAUGGGUCAUGGAGCUGACUGGGGUGGUCGUGACUCGGAUCGUUUGCAUUCGUCGAGCCUAGGCCGUGCCAACUCUGGGCUCGGUCUUCUAUCACGUUCGCGCAGCCCAGCGAUUGGCUCUCUCAACAUGACCAGUCGCACUGCUUCACAAGUCUCGCAAGUCUCGCAGCCAACCGGAAGCAACGCCCACUUUGCUCAGAACGUGAAUGGCAUACACGGCCGCGGGAUCACCACAGUCAAUCGCAGAUUGCAGGAGCAGGUUUUACGCGAAGUUUUCAGCAGCCCCAUGCUCAAGGAUGGCCUCGGGGCUCGGUACGAAUCGAGUGCCAAGAGAAACGCUCGCAAGAACCGAAGACGCCUUGCAAAGGCUUGGGAGGAGAGUGAAGAGGGUGAGAGGCUUCGCAUUACACGCAACCUGCCUUCCUCGCGUGAGACAUUGGCUGUGGAAACGCUUCGAGACAAUCUACGUACCCCUGAUCCCACAAGCAGUGGGAGGAUGAGCGUUGCCAGCGAAUUCAUACCGACCGCUGUCUCCUCCCCCGUUCAUCAUCGUGGGCAGACACGCCAUCCAUCGACGCCACCUCGAACUCCACCGCUCGGUCCAAUCAGCUUGACUGCAUCUACGUCGUCCUUGUCAUCCAAGAGGGUUGUGGCGAGCUCUACUCAAGCGUCUUCGCGCGUUGUUCUUCCCGGUUUCUCUAGCUCGAGAAGUUCGACACAGCAGCCGCGACGCGUUCGCAGCGAUGUCACGCUGUCGCUCCAAUCCAAGAGCUCAAAUCCUGAAUGUAGGAAUUCUGAUGCUCAGGCUGUCACAGAGCAGGCUUCUGCGCAGUCGAUCGACGCUGAUGAACAGAUGGAGACACUCAGGCUGUCAGCGGAGCCAGAGCCAUUGGAGCAAUUCGCAGAGUCAAAACUCGAGGUCAAGGCUUCAGGCAAAGCGCCGGCCACCGCCACGAGCAAGGACGGUGCUUCGGGUGCAGUCAACGCAGGGACCGAAAUCUCUGGGGGCGCGACUACAGAGGCUCAGACAUCGUUGGACGGCGCCUGCCAGACGCGUCAAGAACAAUUUCUUUUGAUGGAAGAUCUUACAGGCCGGCUCAAGUCACCCUGUGUCCUUGAUCUCAAGAUGGGAACGCGCCAGUAUGGUCUGGAUGCCACGGACGAGAAGAAAAAGAGCCAGACCAAGAAAUGCGAUAAGACAACCUCACGCAGCCAUGGCGUACGCAUCUGUGGAAUGCAGGUCUACGACUGCGAACACGACGCCUUUAUCUUCCAAGACAAGUAUUUUGGACGCAAAGUCUUGCCUGCCGAAUUCUCGGAUGCUCUUGCUCGAUUCUUCUACGACGGUAAUAAGAUCCUCAUGCAUCAUGUGCCGCUGAUCCUGCAGAAGAUAUAUCAUCUGGCACGAAUCAUCUGGGGUCUACGAGGAUAUCGAUUUUACGCGAGCAGCUUACUCUUCAUCUACGACGGCGAUUGUGAGACGCAGCGGAAGCUCGAGGAUGAGUUCGAUCGACGAUGUUCGCAGGGUUCGGGUGGUACUGUGGCACCAAGCCAGAUGAUCUUGGAUGCUGGAGGGCUGCCGCCAUCGAUUUCAUCGUCGUUGAACAGGGAUGCGGAUCUGGCAGAAGGCGGAGCGAGCUACAGUAUUGGCUCGAGUCCGUUGCUCGGGCCGGUUGGCGGUGGUGAUGCUGCUGGGGCGACGCUGUUACGUAGACGACGAAGGAAGGGCGAAAUCAAUAUUCGCAUCAUCGACUUUGCUCACUGCACAACGGGUCACGACUACGAUUUCAACCGCGAUCGAGAGCAAGACUCUGGCUUCGAUCUACCGGUAGCACGCUUCCCACCAAAACUCAUCAAUGGGCCGGAUAGCGGAUACCUGUUUGGCCUCAAGAAUUUGGCAGCGAGCUUCGAAGAAAUUUGGGAAACGGAGCGUCAGCGCCGGCGAAAGUUACGCGCACAGAGAGCCAAGGCGGUGGGCAAAGACGAUACAGACGCAGCAAAGAUGGACGCGGAUGGAACGUUUAUUGGCGAUCUGGGCGAGUUGCAGGUGCCAGGCAGGGAGGUGUUUGAUGAAAUCUUUGGAAAUGGGCCGAAUGGGCUCGACGGCUAUGUAUCUACUUGA